AUGUGUAAAUCAGCGGAGGCCACAAACAUGCUGGAAAUAAUUUCCCAUUUUUUGCUUGGGGAAGAUGACUCCUUUUCACCUCACUCUCUCACUACAAGCACUUCCAUUUUAGUGGAGGAGCAACAAUUCUCUGCAAUUCCAAUUCAUGAAGAAAAUUUCUUCCGUUCCUCCCCGACUCUUUGUCCUUUGAAUGCGGUCUCGCAUUAUUGUGUUAGCGGCAACAAACGUCUGUCAAGUGACGGCAAUAUGACAUUGGAGGAAGCUGCAAACAGCGCGUGGAGAUCAGUGCGUCCGUCAGAAGAAGACAGAAAAGGCACAAAGGCAGUGACUUUGAAUAACGAAGGAGAAAAACAUUACAGAGGAGUGAGGAGAAAUAAAGGGAGGGGAAAUUUUGCUGCAGAGAUAAGAAACCCUGAUAAGAAAGGCUCCAGAUUUUGGCUUGGCACUUUCGGUACUGCGGAAGCUGCUGCCAAGGCAUAUGACCGUGCGGCGUUUAAAAUGCGCGGUAGCAAAGCUAUUCUCAACUUUCCCCUCAAUGUUGAGUCCGGAUGUUAUGUAGAUUCCCAUUCUCAAUCUUCCACUUCAUUAAUCUUGUCAAAUAAAAGAUGCAGAAUGAGCAAAGAACAAGGGGAAUGUUAA